AUGGAAAAAAAAAGAGAAAACGAUCCAGAUAUGAACUUUCUACUAAAUAUUUUACCGGAAAUAAAGACAAUGUCCCCAACACAGAAUUUUGAAUUUCGGUUCGAAGUGAUGAAAAUUAUUAAAAAUAUAAAAUAUAGUGUACAUAAUAAUUAUGACGGUGAUAUGAUGCAAACUGGAUGGACGAAUGCCUACCAGUACCCACAUCAGUAUGGCUAUGCGAGUGGAAGCAGCAGUACACCAAAUGUGCAAAACUACCCUCGAAACAGUCCAUCACAUAGCUCUACAGGUUCUUCAGCGGAAGUAGAAGACAUAGAAGCAAUAUUGCGAGGCGAUUCAAAUCACAUUGAAGAUGAGGAAUGA